CGACCUCGCGCGUUCGCCGCCGUCGCUGCAGUCGAUCGCCCCGCGCCGCACGUAUCACAGUGUGCCAUACCAGUUGCCCUGUCGCCGAGUGUUAAAGUUCGGACAGUCACGUUUUUUUAAAAAAAAAAUUUUUCUUAACAAUUUUGAUUUCGUUUUUAUGGUCUAUUGUCCGUCGUUUUCGCCGCCGGACGCGUGUAAAUGUGAGGGGGGAAAGAGUAAAUAAAUCAAAAAAUAGUAAGCGCUCCGUUUUUCUGGCGGUACCUGUCCGACUGCUUACUCGGUCAUUCGUUUUUUAUUUUAUUUCGUCUUUCCGUCCGUGAUUCACGGUAAAUAACACACGCGCCCGUCUACGAAUCCGGCGAUCGAAUAAUAUCUUUGUUGUCGUUGACCGCCGACGACGACGAUGAACAAGUGGUGGCUGACCACCGGCACAGCCGUGUUGCUGCUGCUCAUCGCCUGCGCAGCUGACGCAAAAAAAAAGUGGAAAGCAGACGAAGAUUUUGAAUUUGAAGAGGAAAAUCCAAAACCUGCAAAUGAUAUCGGCAAGUUUGGAGAAAAAAAGAGAUGGAUUCAUGAUCCAAAUAGUGACCUUUGCACACCUCUGCGUUGCAAAAAAAAAGAACUCUGUCUACUUGAAGAUGCAUAUACAGCAGUUUGUGUCAGCAAAAAAGAGAUUCACAAGAAUGGCGAUGUGAUCAUAAGCCGAGAGAAAUUUAUGGCUGAAGAAGCAGCCCGAAAGAAAGCUCUUGAAGAGGCUUUAGCUGAAGACGAGGAUGAUGAAGACGAUGGCGAUGAUAUAGAAGAAGACGAGGAAGAUGAUGAUGAUAUAUUUUAUGAUAGUGGCAUUAGCAGUUCAUUAUCAACAAACAAAUGUAACCCGUGUCCUGUAAUGAAGCCUACAUUCCUAUGCGGUUCUGAUAAUCGUACAUAUAGUUCAUUGUGUCGUCUAGAUUAUCAUAACUGUCUUCAUACCACAAACAUAAAAGUAAACUGUAAAGGAUUUUGUCCUUGCAAAGAACAAGAAGAUGUUGAACGUAAAAAACAAAAACAAGCCGAACGCAUGACAAACUUUAUGAACAAGUAUAAAGCUACUCUAGAAAGUGAGAAAUUGAAACAGAGUACUGUUGCUCCGGUAUCCAAAUAUGAAGAAAAGUACAUUUUUGCACCAGAAGAUUUCAAGUAUGAAAAUAAACAUUAUAAAUACAUCAAAUAUAUAAAAAACAACAAUCAAAUAACCAAGAACUCUGUUUUCGAAUCAGUCAAAGAUAAACGCCAUGAAAAAAUGGAUAAUGAAGUUAUUGCAACCAACCAAGUAUCUCAUCCUUCUUGGAACAAAGACUGCCCUCCUUCUGCAUUGCAAUCUAUGGGUGACCGACUAUUGGAUUGGUUUUCAGUGAUCAUGGCUGAUGCUAAACGCAGACGUACAAAGAAUAAGGGAAAAGCUGUAAAAUUCAUCAAUGGAUGCAAGUGGGAAGUUCGUUGGAUGUACCAACACCUGGAUUUGGAUUCAGAUGGAAAAUUGUCAUUGCAAGAACUUUAUGACUUAGAACAUGAUAAAAAUGAAAUGUGCAUUAAACCUUUCUUAGAUACUUGUGAUACUGAUGGUGAUAUUUUUGUAAGCCCUUAUGAAUGGUGUCGAUGUUUUGACAAAACCGAUCGCCCAUGCACAGCUAUCAAAAGAAGGAUAUCACCAAAUGCUCUAGGUGUUUAUGUCCCAGCUUGUGAUGCUGAAGGAUACUAUGAGCACACUCAAUGUCAUUCUUCAGUAGGUAUGUGCUGGUGUGUAGACAAACAUGGCGUAGAAGUGCCCAACUCGCGUGUUCGAGGAAAACCAAAUUGCUCAGCCUUAUGGUAUGGAAAAGAAGAUAAUCAAAAAGAUAAAUCAGUGGACAAUGGUAUAUUAGACAGUGAUACGGAUAUGGAUGAUGAGGACGGAGAUUCAGAAGUAGAAGGCAGUGCAGAUCAGUCUUUAGAAUUUUAAAAAACAAUUCUAUCAUCAAUCACUCUG